AUGACGAAGAGAAAGGCUGAAAAACAGGCAGCAAUAGCAGGUACGCGCUCCGUCUCAUGGCUCUCUAGCGACGCCGCAGAGACUUACAAUGAUUGUCUAGCUCCGAUCAGUGCCUUUGCCGCGCGCAAAGCUCGAUUGCAGCAAACACAGACGCAGACGGUCGUGACGACAGAGACCACUACUCAUACAGAGCCCGCCGGAGAGCCGCCGUCCAAAAAGCCGCGACGCUCACUGGAAGAAUCCCAGGCGCAGUCGACCCCGAAAGAAGAUGCGAAGCGGACUACAAAGCGGGGGACCGUGAAGGUUGAGAAGACGCAGAGGGCUGAUAAUGGAACUGCGGCCCGGGAGACUCGCAGAAAGAAGGUAGAAGUUGAGGUCGAGCAGCGUGAAACCGAGGCUUCGUCCAGUGAGGAGUCGGAAGGGGAGGAUGCGGUUGAGGAGAAUGCGGCCGGUGUAAUCGCUGUGCCUGCAGCUGAGGAUGGCUGUGAGUUCCCUGCCGACAAUACCAUGACGGUGGAGUUUCCUCUUUCCAAGAUGCGAUUGAACAAGAGCAAUAUCGUCUACAGCGAUGAAGAUACCCUUUGCGUGCGCAUCCGGGAAAAGCUGAGUAUAGUGUUGAUCGGGCAUUACGAUCUCUGGGUGAAACGGGGUGUUGUGAGCUUGAUGGGUGCGAAAUUGCACCCUUCGCCUCGAGUCUACCGGGUCUACGCUCCUUCAACGCAUUCGCUCCCUGUUAUCAAAUGCGUCACCGGAGUGGAUGGGGGCGCGGAGGUCGAAUUCAAGUCGUGCCACAGCGGCAUUACCCGUCUAAGGGAUCUAUCACCUCUUUACCAGCGGGUAUGGAAUAGCGGGAACACGCCGGCGGACAAGCUCAGUUUGAAAAUGGCUGGACAGGAUGCGAGGAGAACGUUCUCUGUUCUUCAUACAUCCGCCGACGACUCCCUAAAGCGCCAUCUCCGCCCUCUCCACCUCGAAAAGCAAUGGAGCGCCGCCAUCAAAGUCCUCUCGCAACGCGCCGGCCGCCUCCAAGUUCUCGUCUGCGGCCCCAAGGCCUCCGGAAAAUCGACCUUCGGCCGCUAUCUCCUAAACCACCUCCUCAGUCCCGCACCGCAAACCGAAACAAACUACGCCAACACCGACGGCGUCGCCUUCCUAGACCUCGAUCCGGGCCAGCCUGAAUUUAUGCCAAUGGGCCAAGUCUACCUUGCUCACCUCCGCUCCCCUGUUUUCGGACCCCCAUUCACACAUCCUUCGUUAAACAACGAGCGCGAGGGAUCUAUCAUCCGCGCCCACCAUAUCGGCGCAACCUCACCGAAAGAAGACCCGGAUCACUACGUGCUCGCCGCCACAAACCUCAUGGAGCAGUACCGCGCCCUGCUAGCAACAUACCCGCAAUGCCCUCUGAUCAUCAAUUACCCCGGCUGGAUCUUCGGUACCGGCCUUGAAGUCGCAACAUACCUGAUCCGGUCACUGGGUCUAUCAGACGUCGUGUAUAUGAGCGAGAAGGGUCCCAUGGAGGUUGUUGAGCCUCUAAGCCAGGCAGCAAGCGCGUCCAGGACCCCGCUGACAAUCCUCCCCUCCCAGCCCACGGAAUUCGUGAGCAGAUCGAGCGCCCAGCUCCGCUCAAUGCAGAUGCAGUCGUAUUUCCACAUGGCGCAGCCAAAGGGCGUCAGUCACCCUAUGUGGGCUGAGAAACCGGUCUUCAAGAACCGCCCCUUCCGUGUCCGGUAUGCGGGCGAGAACCGCGGUGUGCAUGGGGUCAUGACGCUUGGCUCGCAGAUUAGCCCGGAGUUGCUCUGUGAGAGUUUGGAGGGGGCGGUCGUUGGCGUUGUGGCGGUUGAGGGGCCGGAUGCGCUUCCGUCUCCUCACCCUGAUAGCACAACUACAAAUGUCGAGAGUCAAGCAGCCGACAAUGACGACGACGAAACAUCUAACGCCGACGUCGACAUGGACGAUGUAGACGGCGCAAAGACGAACCUCACAAUCCCGCACCUCGCAACCCUAACAACGCCCACGAAAGAAUCUCUCCCUUACAUAUCCACCGGCCCCGGCUCCUCCACACCCCUCCACCCAUCUUCUUCAUCAACGCUCGGCCUCGCCAUAGUCCGUUCCAUCAAUCCUACUACGCAAACCCUCGACCUCGUCACCCCCAUCGCUCCAUCCCGACUCAUCCAAUCCCUAGAGCAGGGCCACGCCCUCGUGCUCGUUCGCGGUGUCCUAGAUAACCCGAACUGGGCAGUUGCGGAGGAGUACUACGGUGCUCGGGCUGAGGAUAGGCGGGUUAGGCGUAAUAUCAAGAGACGGAAGGACGCUGGAGAUGAGGACGACGGUGACGCUGCGCAGGACCAGAAGGUGCUGGGGUUGUUGAAGGAGAGGAUCCGGCGCGCGAAGGAGGUGCCCUUUAUGACUGUUGUUGAGGAUCAUGGGAGGAGGAGGCAAGAGGAGGUUGAGCAACAGAGAGCGCUGUGGAAGUUGAGGAAGAAGGCGGGCAUUGAGAGUGAGGACGAGGUUGGGUAUUGA